UGGGGGAUGCCGGGCGGGGGGUAAGAACAGCUCCUCUGCACCAGGUGUUGGCCUGCCUGGUGUCUCGCCGUGGAGCUGAACCUCCUGGAGCAGCUGCCUCGUUGACUCUGCCUGUUACUGUGCGUAAUGCCUCUCGAGUUGUCAAAUAAAAGGUCUCUGCAGCUUUCACGUGAAAAAACAUGCCACAGACCCUCAAUUAGUGAUAGCUGCGCGGUGUUUAAGGCACAGAUGUUUUGUGUCAAGAUGUAACGUCAUGUUUGGAGUUAGGGGAAAUGUGUGCUGCCAUGUUGCUUCUGCAGUCUUACUCAUUCUCCAGCGUUUUUGCAUCCCUGUUUUUGGAGGGAGAUCCAUUAGUGUGUUUAUGUGCCCCAUUCAUGCACUGUAUGUACCUCACUUGCUUUUUGUCCUGUUGCUUUCUCCCAGAGGUGUUUAUCUUCCAGUAGUGAUACUGUCACCUGUUUUAGUGUGCUGAAGUGAGAAAUUUGAACAAUCUGAACAUUCUGAAUCAUCCCCUACUUUCCAAACAGCGACCACAAACAUGUCUGAAAUGUAUUUUAUUUGCCACAUUUUAAAACAGUGGUUUUGUUUUCUGUUUGACAUAUUCUACUGAUGGCAGUGAAUGUCACAUCUGCGCUUCUUGCUGAGCAUAAAGCUGGGAAAGAGGAAACAGACAAUAUAGCUUCAGUCCCCGUAGUUACAGUUCAUUGCCAUGAAAAGGAGGAUAUGAUAGCUUGCCCUAUGAAACAGGUUUAUAUGUGAAAUCUGGCAGGUAGCACAACGACCUGUGGAAUAUGAGUGAUGACAAACCCUUUUUAUGUACUGCCCCUGGAUGUGGCCAGCGUUUUACCAAUGAGGAUCAUUUGGCUGUCCAUAAACACAAACAUGAGAUGACACUGAAAUUUGGGCCGGCUCGUAAUGACAGUGUCAUUGUGGCUGAUCAGACACCAACACCAACUCGAUUCUUGAAGAACUGUGAAGAAGUGGGCUUAUUCAAUGAAUUAGCAAGUCCUUUUGAAAAUGAGUUUAAAAAGGCUUCUGAAGAUGACAUUAAGAAAAUGCCUCUAGAUCUGUCCCCUCUUGCAACACCAAUUAUAAGAAAUAAAAUUGAAGAACCUUCAGUUGUAGAGACAACUCAUCAAGAUAGUCCUUUACCUCAUCCAGAGUCUACUACCAAUGAUGAAAAGGAAGUGUCACUGCAGCAGACUGCACAGCCUACAUCAACAAUAGUUCGUCCAGCAUCGCUCCAGGUUCCCAAUGUACUGCUUACAAGUUCUGACUCAAGUGUUAUUAUUCAGCAGGCAAUACCAUCACCAACUUCUAGUACUGUUAUCACCCAGGCUCCAUCAUCUAACAGACCAAUAGUUCCAGUUCCAGGUCCUUUUCCUCUGCUGUUACAUCUUCCUAAUGGACAAACCAUGCCUGUUGCUAUUCCUGCAUCUAUCACAAAUUCUAAUGUGCAUGUCCCUGCUGCAGUUCCAAGAUUGAAAGCAGCCUUGACCCAGCAGCACCCUCAGGUAACAAAUGGAGAUACUGCCAAGGGACAUGCAAGUGGGUUGGUUAGGACUCAGUCAGAGGAACCACGGCCACAGUCACUCCAACAGCCUGCAACUUCAACAACUGAAACACCGGCAUCACCAGCUCAGCCUACGCCGCAAACACCAAAUACAGGCGGUCGGCGAAGAAGAGCUGCCAAUGAAGACCCUGAUGAGAAAAGGAGAAAGUUCUUGGAGAGAAACAGGGCUGCUGCUUCCAGGUGCCGGCAGAAACGGAAAGUCUGGGUGCAGUCAUUGGAGAAAAAAGCUGAGGACCUGAGCUCACUAAAUGGCCAAUUACAGAAUGAAGUCACCCUGCUGAGAAAUGAAGUGGCACAGCUGAAACAGCUUCUUCUGGCUCAUAAAGAUUGCCCUGUAACUGCCAUGCAGAAGAAAUCUGGCUAUCAUACUGCAGACAAGGAUGACAGCUCGGAGGACAUCUCGGUGCCCAGCAGCCCGCACACGGAGGCAAUCCAGCACAGCUCCGUCAGCACUUCCAAUGGCGUGAGCUCCACGUCCAAGGCGGAGGCGGUGGCCACCUCGGUGCUCACGCAGAUGGCGGACCAGAGCACGGAGCCCGUGCUGUCCCAGAUCGUCCUGGCGCCUCCCUCCCAGGCCCAGCCCUCGGGAAGUUGAUUACAAACUUGGUUGCAUCGGUUCCUUAGAUACACAUCUGUGACUUUAAAGGGAAACCAACAACAGACCAGUCUCCAUCUAGGAGAAAUUGUAGCUUAAAAUUAUUCGUUUUUAAAAAUCCAACUUAAAUUUGGCUUUAACGAUUGGCAGGUGGAAGUAAGACAGAACACCCGUUCUAGUCUCUUUGCGAAAGACUUUUUUUUUUUAAGUAUUAGUUUUACUAGUUAUUUUUUGUGCUUAAUGUGUAAAGUGUGUGUACAGUACAAUGUGGUUUAUUUCAUUUUUAAUUUGGUAUUAUUUUAACAAAAUUGGGGUGAAUUACUGAAGGUCAUCCCCAAGACUGUGAUAGGAAUAUUAUGUGACAUUUUUAUACCAAAGUUCUGCAUAGUCCCUAUUGACUUUGUAAAGUUAGCAAGGUCAUAAAGCACUAGGCAAGAGAAAGACAGUAACAGUAAAUUUGCUUUUAGUCUUUUUGCCUUUUUGUUGUUUUGCACAUUAUGAGAGGAAGAACGUUGGAAGAAAAACAUUUGGGUUUUUUAUGUAUAGCAUUUUGGUUGGCUUUUAACUGUUGGGGUCUUUAAUUUGUUUAAUAGGGCCAGUACAGUAUAUGAGAUACAGUACUUAUGCACAUACCAAUCCUAGAUGAGGAUCAUUACUAAAUAGAUUUGAUUUUUUUUUUUUAAUUGAUGUCAGGUGGGUUUUUUUUCCCACUCCAACACUUGAUUCUGGAGGGAGGAGAGCUUUAAUUCUCCAGUCAGAAUAGAUAUCUAUAACCACCCCUUGUUGCUAGGCUGAAACCAGUAAGCAUAUUGUAAAAUACAGGGUUAUCAAGUAUGGAAUACUUGUUAUUCCAAAGUAGGUUGAUAUUUUGUGGGUUUUUGAGUCGCAGACUAAGGAGUUUAUUCAUGGUUUUGGAUGCCAGAAAAGCCUAAAAUCCUUCUUCAGACAACUCGACUUUUUUUUGUCAUUGUCUUGUAUUUGCAAGCUAACUUGUACUUAAUUCUUGUGUAAGCACUGUCAUCUUUUAGUAGCAAAAAUUUUGAUACCUUUCUUGUGGGAAAAAAAAAAUCAGUAUCUACCGUAUCUUGGAAACAAUGUAAUUAUAAUGUGGCGUGUGUGGUGUGUGUGUGAGAAUGGUUCAGUAGUUAAUGCCAGCAGUCUUUUGCUUGAAUGUUUAAAGAUGCCUUCAAUGUGAUGCUGGCUGAUAGGUGAUUGCAGUUUUAAAAUGUUAUUUACUGUGCGAACUUGGAUAACUAACAUUCCAUGAUGUAGUUUGUUUCUGAUGAGAUGAUUGUAGGUACACUUUUUCUCAUUAUCCAAUCAUCUGUAGGAUACUGAGUUUUUUAAAUGUGCCAUUAUCUAUUUUGAUUCUGUACUCAUGUUCAAAAUACAGUACAAUAUUUUACAAUAGAUUAAGUUGUUUUAAAAAAAGUAGAUGUGUGCUUUCAGGUCGGAAAACUUUGUAUAAUAGCAAAAACAGAUGCAUAGUAGCAACUGGCAGUGAAGCAGGAUUCCAUUAUGUAUAUAACAAAGAUUUAAUGCAUUUAUAAUGGGUUGUGUAGUUCAUUUGCUCUUCCUUCUCCACACUAUACCAUGUGUUUUUUAAGUGUCAGUGCCAUCAGAUUUCUAUUUGGUUCAGUUUUAAAUCUAAAAAUGUAAUUGAUUCACAGGAAAAUAUAAUUUCUGCAAUAUAUAUACAACCAUACUGUAAUGAAAACUGGACAAAGAAGUAUCUAAGUCAUAUAUGUAUCAUUGCAGGGCUUUAAGCAUGAAAAUAUUAGGGAAUUUAAAUAUUUUGUAUUUUAAAACUAAGAAAGUUGUGUUGAUAACCUCAUGUGUUUAAAAGUCUUACUUUCCCAAUUUCAAGAUAAAAAGCUGUAACAGUUAUUGAACGUUUCCAGGAUGGUUAAAUACAGUAGACCUCUCACGAGAAAGAAGUGAAUUGCAAAGGCACAAAAUAUGAAUUCUGCAAGAAAGCUCUACAGUCACUUUUCAUUGUAGGUUUGGUGGACUAGAUGUGGCCUCAUUGAUCAUACUAUAAUUUGCCCUCCUAAACACAAAGGCUUUUAAAUCAUAUAAGUGGAGUUUUUUUAUAACAAAACUGUUGCGCUUGUAAAAUAAGUCUACAUAAGUGUAUAGGAGAUGUGUAAACAGUUAAUGAAUUUAACAGUGGGGCUGGAAAAAGAACCAUUAAAAUCUGUGUUCAGCAAAUAGAGAAAAGGUAUUAGCCGUACUACCAUGGAUUCCGUUUUGAGACGUUGUCACACUACUUCUGUACUUAGCAUUUUGGGUCUUUACAUUUGACAUGUUUCACAAACUGUACUGUUUUCUUUUAUGUGCAGUUUGCAUGAGUAAAUCAUCAAAGAGAAUAAAAUCUAUCUUUAAGUUAUGUUCCUAUUUUAAUGAAAUUAUAAUUGUUCUAAAAGGCC